CGAGCAUUCUGAAGGUCCAGGUUCCCAGCUUCUGGGGAUUCGUCUGCCGCGGACUACAUUUCCCAGAAGUCUCAGGGCACAGGACCUCUCGGGGCAGGGCGAGAUUGCCUGCGGAGAGCGCCUGGAAGCGUCGAGCUCCGAGCCUCAGAGGAUGUUCCGGCUCUUAUUUCCCAUGACCCUCUGGGCCCAAACUAACCUCCGUUUCUGGGUGCCUUUCCGGUGUCUUCGAGAUUUUUGGACUCUGCGCGGAGAAUCUUGACAGUGAAAGUGUCUCACUGUAGUGAUGAGCUACAGCUACAAGAUGUUGAAGAGCUGCUCUGGCUUUUCUGGACUCUGUGCUUCACCAGUAGAGGAACCCUAUGGAGCAUUAAUUAGUUCCUGCAAUUCUAGAACCAUGACUGACGGCUUGGUGACAUUCAGGGAUGUGGCCAUUGACUUCUCUCAGGAGGAGUGGGAAUUCCUGGACCCUGCUCAGAGAGACUUGUAUGUGGAUGUGAUGUUGGAGAACUAUAGCAACUUGGUCUCACUGGAGUUGGAGUCAACAUAUGAGACCAAAAAUACAUUUGCAAAAAAGGACAUUUUUGAAAUAAAUUUUCCCCAACAGGAGAUAAAGGAAAGAAGUAAAACCCUUGGCUUUGAGGCAUUCCUUUUCAAAAAUAAUUGGAAGUGUAAGAGAAGAUUUGAGGGCCUCCAGGGACAUCAAGAGGGAUACUUCAAUCAAAUGAUAAUCAGCUAUGAAAAAGUGCCCACUUACAGAAAACAUAAAUCUCUUACUGCACAUCAAAAAAUUCAUAAUCAAGAGAAACCCUACAUUUGUAAGGAAUGUGGGAAGGCUUGUAGUCAUGGCUCAAAACUUGUUCAACAUGAGAGAAUUCAUAUGGCUGAAAAACAUUUUGAAUGUAAAGAAUGUGGGAAAGACUUUUUAAGUGCCUAUCAACUCACUGUGCAUCAGAGAUUUCAUACUGGUGAGAAACCUUAUGAAUGUAAGGAAUGUGGGAAGACCUUUAGUUGGGGAUCAAGCCUUGUUAAACAUGAGAGAAUUCAUACUGGCGAGAAGCCCUAUGAAUGUAAAGAAUGUGGGAAGGCCUUCAGUCGUGGCUAUCACCUUACUCAACAUCAGAAAAUUCAUAUUGGUGUGAAAUCUUAUGAAUGUAAAGAAUGUGGAAAGGCCUUUUUUUGGGGCUCAAGCCUUGCUAAACAUGAGAUAAUUCAUACAGGUGAGAAACCUUAUAAAUGUAAAGAAUGUGGGAAGGCCUUCAGUCGUGGCUAUCAACUUACUCAGCAUCAUAAAAUCCACACUGGUAAGAAACCUUAUGUAUGUAAAAUAUGUGGAAAGGCUUUUUGUUGGGGCUAUCAACUUACUCGACAUCAGAUAUUUCAUACUGGCAAGAAACCCUAUGAAUGUAAGGAAUGUGGGAAGUCUUUUAAUUGUGGCUCAAGUCUGGUUCAACAUGAGAGAAUCCAUACUGGUGAGAAACCCUAUGAAUGUAAAGAAUGUGGAAAGGCCUUUAGUCGAGGCUAUCACCUUACUCAACAUCAGAAAAUCCAUACUGGUGAGAAACCCUUUGAAUGUAAAGAUUGUGGGAGGGCCUUUAGUUGGGGUUCAAGCCUUGUUAAACAUGAGAGAAUCCAUACUGGUGAGAAAUCCUAUGAAUGUAAAGAAUGUGGAAAGGCCUUUGGUAGUGGCUAUCAACUUACUCGACAUCAGAUAUUUCAUACUGGCAAGAAACCCUAUGAAUGUAAGGAAUGUGGGAAAACUUUUAAUUGUGGCUCAAGUCUGGUUCAACAUGAGAGAAUCCAUACUGGUGAGAAACCCUAUGAAUGUAAAGAAUGUGGAAAGGCCUUUAGUCGUGGCUAUCACCUUACUCAACAUCAGAAAAUCCAUACUGGUGAGAAACCUUUUAAAUGUAAGGAAUGUGGGAAGGCCUUUAGUUGGGGUUCAAGCCUUGUUAAACAUGAGCGGGUUCAUACUGGUGAGAAAUCCUAUGAAUGUAAAGACUGUGGGAAGGCCUUUGGUAGUGGCUAUCAACUUCAUGUUCAUCAGAGAUUUCAUACUGGCAAGAAACCUUAUCAAUGUAAGGAAUUUGGAAAGACAUUUACUUGUGGCUCAAGCUAUGUUCAACAUGAAAGAACUAAUAAUAAUGAUAAACCCUACAAAUAUAAAGAAUGUGGGGAAGUCUUUAUAUGGACAGCUUACUCAAAUAAGACAGUUGAUACUGGUGAAACUUUAUGAUUGAAGAGAUGUGAAAGAACAUAUUUUUGUGUGUGUACAGACAACUUACUUAACAUGAGGAGAAGUCUUACUCUUGAGAAACCUUAUUAAUGUAGGGAAUGUGCAAAAGCCUUACCUGUGUAUGGACAAUUCACUUGAUACCAGAAAAUUCAUACUAGUGAGAAAUAUUUUGAACAUGAGGAAUAUGAAAAGUCCUUUAGACUUCUGUAUGAUCUUAUUGAACAUCUAUACUGAUGUGAAGCCAUUUAAAUGUAGGGAAUGUGUAAAGAUCUUUAAUUCAUGGUGCAAUGUCUCAUAAACAUUGGAAAAAUUAUUCUCAUUACUCUUUAAGGGAAGGAUCUAAAUUUAAUUUGGUUCGUGCCCUGCGUAUCAGAGAAUUCAUACUGCUGUGAAAUCCUGUGAAUUUAAGGAAUGUGGGAAGACUUGUAGACAUGGUAAACAUCUUAGAAUACAUCAGGGAAUUCAUCCAAAUGAGAAAUCCUUUGAAUUAAAAUUGUAGGAAGGCUUUUAGACAAGUGCUACUCAAACUAUUGGCCAGAGACUUUUUGCCAGUCCACAGAAUUGUUACCUGUCAAUCAUGAGAUAAAUGCAGAAAGUGAGAUGUUGGCUGCUACCAUGACGGCUGAUUUUGGGACAGCCGUCCCAAAGGUUUUGGGACAUUCUACACAGCCAUGACAACAUCCAGAGGGAACACCUUUGAAUGACUAUUAUCUGGACCACAAUGCUGGACGGGGAGAUGCUCUAACAAAAGGCCGUACAGAAUCCCACCAACAACCUUUUAAAAGAUGGAGGCUGUUGGAAGAGGUCAUCAGGAGGAAGUGACCGCUGGUUGACCUGCAAACUGGAUCCUGGCAAUUGGAGACUCCUCCCUACUCCCUUCCUUGGAAUGUACAUUCUGCCCAACGUUCUCACACUAGGAGUCAUUCCAAGCAUGCAUCCUUGAGGUGCUAAUGUGUUGUUGAGACCAUCUGGACAGUAUAUGUGACUGAACCCAGAUACAGCCACUAUAUAAACUUCUAAGAUUCUGGCAGGAAUCCUCUUAGGUGGCUUCUCUAAAUGAUUGUCUUCAGGUGUUACAAAUCACUUCCUCAGAAAGGCUGGCUCUGCUAACUCUCAAGUAUGAAUUCAAAACUUCUUUCAACUACCACUGAAAAACAAGUUCUACCACAAGGAUUCUAUACAUGAUCCCACACUGCAUUGAGCUGUUAUUUCUCCUCAGUCUCUUCCAAUCUCCACAGUCUUUCUUAUGGUAAUAGCUUUCAACUACUACCAUAACAAAUUACCACAAAUUUAGCUUAAAACAACACACAUUUAUUAUCUCACAGUUUCUGUGAACUUGGAGUCUGGACAGUUUCGAUAGAUGGUCUCCUCAUGCUGGUCUUAUAAGCUGCAAACAGGGUAUCAGCUGGGCUGUGUUCUCAUUCAGAGGCUCAAGUGGGGAAGAAUCCACUUUCAAUUGCAUUCAGAUUGUUGGCAGAAUUCAUACGCUUGCGGCUGGAUGACUGAGGGCCUCAACUUUUUGCUGGCUGUCAGCUGGAGAAUGACCUCAGGUCCUAGAGGCUGCCUGCAGUUUCUUGCAAGGGAUGUCCAACACUGCCUUACUUCAUCAAGCCCACGAGCAGAGUCUCUAGCUCCAGUAUGCUAUGAUGGAGUCUUUUUUUGUUUUGUUUUUGGUUUUUUUUGGCCGUGCCUCGCAGCACGUGGGAUCUUAGUUCCAUGACCAGGGAUCAAACCCACGUCCCCUGCAGUGUAAGUGCAGAGUCUUAACCACUGGACCACCAGGAAAGUCCCUAUGAUGGAUUCUUAUGUGACAUAAUGUAACCAUAGUAGCGACACCCCUUUACUUUUGCCGUAUAAAGUAACCUAAUCACAGGACUGACAUCCCCUCAUCAAUUUUCUAUUGGUUAGAAACAAGUCACAGGUCCUGCUUGCACUCCAAUGGAGGGGGAUUAUACAAUGGCAUAGACACCAGCAGGCAGGAAUCAUGGCAGUCACCCUAAAGUCUGUCUAUCACACCUAAUUCAUGACCUCUUCACUUCGGAGGAGUACAAAUCAUUUAAGUUAUCAAACGUCCCUCCACUUGGUUUGUCUGAUGUUUCACAAUUGGAAUGAGGCUCUGUAUUUUUGGCAGUACCACAGUGAUGCUCUGUCCUUCUCAUUGUAUGACAUGAAAGGGCUCAUGAUGUCAAUACUUUAUCACUGAUGAUGUUAACCUUGAUCACUUGGUGAAACUGCUUUCUGAUGGGUUUCCCCACUAGAAAAGUACUACCUUUCCCUCUGUUGUUAAUAAAUAUCGUGGGUGAUGGGGAAUCCUCUGACACUAUGCAAACCCUUUUUCUCUUCAAACUUUCACCCUCUAGUUUUAGCAUCUACCAGUGGAUCUCGUCUGAAACAACGAUUACUGUGGUGUUUGCCUAAUGGCCAUUUUCCAUGUCCCUCUUUCCUUCUACACUUAACAACUGGAAUUCUACCAUAAGGAAGAUCUGUCCCUUCUUCCCCAGGAAAAGAUGUUUUAAACAGAACAAAAAUGCGAUAGCCAUAAAAGAAAAAGAUUGUUAAAUGAGCUCAGUUAAAAUUAAGAAUAUCUCUUCAUUAUAAGAUAUCAUUAAGAAAGUGAAUAAGAAGUUACAGGCUAAUAGGAGAUAUUCCCUUUCUCUGUCUGUCUGUCUCUCUCUCUCUCUACACACACAUACACACAUACACACACACACACACACACACACAUACACACAGGUUUAUAUACACACACAAAGGACUUGUAUUCAAAAUAUAUCUAAAAUUCCUACAACUCAAUAGGAAAAGGAACAAAAGCCAGGCUAAAAAAUGGACAAAAGAUUUGAAUAGACAGUUCAUCAGAGUAUGUCAAAAUGGGCAGUAUCAUAUGAAAAGAUGCUCACAUUAUUUAUCAAAAAAAUACAAAUUAAAAUCACAAUGAGAUACUCCUACACAUGCAACAGAAUGGUUAAAUUUAAAAUGAUUGACGAUAUCAAGUAUUGGCCAGUUUGAGAAGUAACUAGACCUUGCAUACAUUGCAGUCGGAGUGUAAAUUAAGUUAACCACUUCCACCCCCAGGUAUAUUCCCAGGAAAAACAAGAACAUGUGUCCACAAAAAGACUUGUCCAAGAAUUUUCAUAGAAGGUUUAUUCAUAAUAGUCAAAUAUUGGAAACAACUCAUCAUCAUAAGAAUGAAUAAACAAAUUGUGGUAAGGUCAUACAAUGGAAUACUACACAACACUCGGGUUGGGGUAACCUACUGAUUCACAAAACAACACGUAUGAAUCUCAAAAGUUCAGUUUUGGACAAAAAGCAGCAGAGACAAGAGAUUUCAUUUAUAUGAAGUUCAAGAACAGGCAAAUCUCAUCUUGAGUGAUAGAAGUCAGUAUAAUGUUUACUUCUUGUGGGGGAGGGUUCGUUCUAACUGGGACAGGACAUAAGCACAUCUUCCAGGAGGGGAUAGAAAUGCUCUAUUUCUUGAUUUGGGUGGUGUUUUCAAAUGUAAAGAUUCAUUAAGCUAUAUGCACAGCUAAGAUAUGUAUACUUUAUUAUAUAUAUUUCCAUGAAAAAAUGAUAGAGACCUUUAUUUGAUGAUAAUGGGUAAAACCAUUAUAUUUCAAAAUGUUACCCUGUUAUGACAAGUAAAAUAACAUGUAUGAAUAUAUGCAUGUGCAUUGAGGGAUGGAUAAAAAAAUUUGGAGUAAAAUGUUUACCGUAGUCUCUUCUUUUGAGCUUUUCUGUACUUUCUGAAUUACUGUAUGAGAAUGUAUUACUUCUAUAAUAAAAAUUAUAAUAGAGCUAAUCACUCUCUUUGAGAUUGGAGGGUGAAAUAAAAGAUGAAUAUGGUGAUAUUUGGGGUAUGAUGAUGAGGCCUUUUUUUCCUCCAAGGGCUUAAAGUCUCUGAGUUGAUUGUCUCAUACUGGAAUAUCAAGGUUCUGUGUCAUCAGUCAUGAACUUUGAUAUUCCAUAGUUUUCCCUUUUCUGGAUUCCCCUGACUCACCUGGACAAAUCCUCUUGUCACUACACUCUCCACCUACUAGGCCUGGACUCCUUGUUCCAAUUCAGGAAUUACACCUGGCUUGGAAACAGAAAAACCUGCACAUAAAAGAAAUAGAACUUAGGCAUGCUGCAGCUCUCAACAAAUCCAGACACAGUCCUGUGGUGUAGGGGCAGGGAAGUCCCACAUAAGAAAGGCCAAAGGAAAGCCAUUCAAGGAACCAGGAUGAUGGUGCCUCAAGGAAAAUAGAGUAGAACAGUCACUUAAAUCUCAAAUCCCUCAGAAAUUCAAACACUUCAACCUCCCUAGAGGGUCACAUUAAGGGAAGAAAAAAGCCCCAGAGAUCACAUUUUGAAUUUAAAGAUUUGAUCAUAAAGACUCUGCUUCUAUGAUUUUUCAGUAUCACAUCCUUAUACAAGUUCUUCUGAGACAGUACAGUUAUCACUAGAGACUGUUGCCACAUUCCCAAACGUCACUACCCCUGAAGUUACAAAGCCCUAAGUUCCCAUAUGGCCUGAGAAAUUGGAAGAAGUGAAGUUGAUCAAGAUAUAGAAUUGGUACAGCAUGGAGAGCAGGCGUGUUCAGCAUUCUAAACUCAGCAACAGCUGAUGUGUCCAUGUAAUGAAAUAUUAAAGUCAUUAAAUGCUAAGUUUGAGAAACUGUUAAGGGAAUGAAAAUAUUCAAAAUAUCAUGUCAGUAUAAAAAUUAGGUUACAAAGACCAAAAGCUCAAUUAAAAAGUGGGCAAAGAAUCUGAACUGACGUUUCUCCAAAGAAGACAUACAAAUGGCCAGUAAGUAUGUGAAAAGACCCUCAAUAUCAUAAGUCAACAGGGAAAUGCAAAUCAAAACCACAAGACCCACUUCAUACCCACUAGGAUGGCUAUAAUAAAAAGGAAAGAUAAUAACAGGCAUUGGUGAAAAUGUGGAGAAAUUGGAACCCUCACAUGUGGCUGUUGGGAAUGUAAAAUGGUACAGACAUUUUGGUAAACAAUCUGACAGUUCCUCAAACGAGUUACCAUAUGACCUGGCAAUUCCACUCCUAAAUGUAUACCUAAGAGAAACAAAAAUAUAUGUCUACCCAAAAACCUGUACACAAAUGCUCCUGUCAGCAUUAUUCAUAAUAGCUAAGAAGCAGAAACAACUCAAAUGUCCAUCAACUGAUGAAUGGAUAAAUAAAACAUGGUAUAUCCAUACAAUGGAAUGUUAUUCAGCCUUAAAAAAGAAGAGGGCUUCCCUGGUGGCGCAGUGGUUGAGAGUUCGCCUGCUGAUGCAGGGGACACAGAUUCGUGCUCCGGUCCAGGAAGAUCCCACAUACCGCGGAGCGGCUGGGCCCAUGAGCCAUGGCCACUGAGCUGGCGCAUCCCGCAACAGGAGAGGCCACAACAGUGAGAGGCCAACGUACCACAAAAAAAAAAAAGAAGAAACUUCCGACACAUGCUACAACAUGGAUGAAUCUAUGUGAAUCACAGUGAAAACAUUAUAGUAAUUCAAAGAAGCUGGUCACAGAAGACCACAUAUUGUGUGAUUCUAGUUCUACAAAAUGUCCAGAGGGGCAAAUUAAUAGAGACAGAAGGUAGGUAAGUGGUUCACCAUGGCUGGGGCAGUUACAGGAAAUGGGGAGUGACUGCUGAUGGGAAUAGGGUUUCUCUUUAGGGUGAUGAAAAUGUUCUAAAGUUGACUGUGGUGAUGGUUUCACAAGCCUGUGAAUAUAUUAAAUGUAUAAAAUUGUACACUUCAAGUAGCUGAAUGGUGUGGUAUGUGAAUUGCAUCUCAAUAACAUUGUUAAA